UUUUCACAGGUCACUUGAGCUUUCAGGGAUUCCUGCUGUUCAAAUUGGGUUGUAAUAAGUGUUGAUUGUUAUUGUGGGCUCAGACAGUGGAAAAGACUGGCAACUUACUUGUCAGCAGUGCUUUACCUCUAUACCUUGGCUGCUAGUAUUGCUAUUUCAAAGGUGACCAUUAUGAGGAGGUUUGCCUGUUUUGCAACUCAUGGGCUUUCAGUGUGAUAAUAAAACUGUCCAUUUAUCCGUGCAGUUUGCAGGUCUUUUGGUGGGAACCACAUGUGCGUGGGCUAAUCUUGCCUUUUGCAUGGUUUAUAAAAGUGUUUGCCCACAUUAAUUUCUCUGGAUUUAUUGAAUAAUACUAACCAAAUGUUUGUUCAUGCUCUAUGUACUUUUUUGUGACCAUUUUCAGAUAAGAUUUAUGUUUUUGUCAUUAUUAUUUUCUCAGAAAGAGGCCGUGGAAUGCGCUGAAGUAUUUGCAGAUUUCGUGGCUUCCUUUGAAGACUCGAGGGCUGCUGGAAAAACAUUUGUGCGUGGUAACACAAUCAAUCCUGAAACCAAAGGUGUGUUUUAUAGUAUUCCUUUUUAGUCUCCUAGUUAUUGAAAGUAAUCAAAUAUGACUUCAUGUAGUAGAAAUGCUUGUGCCCCUAGUACACAGAAUCCAAAAUGCAUGCACUCACCUAUUGGUGGUUAGUUACAAUCAGUGAUCAGUGGAGAACUUUGUGAUGUUGCUGAUGUCACAUUUCAGUGUAGUUGAAGAGCGUGAGUACUCUUAAUAUUUGUUUCUGUUCUGAAGCUCCUUUAUUUCAUUUGAGUUUUAAAAUUUAAAAUGAACUUUUAACUUUUUUUGCAGAGGAAACUGCUUCAUUAAAGGCAGGAGCAUUAUACAAACCCAUGGCAAAGGUGACUGCGGCUGUCAUGGAAGAGAAAAUCAAAACUGAAUUUUCCCAACCAAAGCUGGUAGGUGAAAGUUUCCAGUGUUCGAAAUUUCCUUUCAUGUCCAGUUGCCCCAAGACUUGGUUUGGUUUCCCAUGGAAUAUUUUUGGUUGUCCGAGUCAACCGCUUAGCCCAGCUUAAUCCAAGAAAUUAAACUCUGAGGUAGCUCAAGUUAUUAACCGUUUUGUUAGUUUUUCACAAUAAAAUGUCCCUCUUUUGUUUCAUGUGUUUUUUUAUCCCUCAAGGUGAAAACUGCUGUUGCCUGUCUGGCUUCCAAAUGUGGAUUUAUUUUUGAAAACUGUCUGUGAUAACUACAAGACAGCGUUUUCUUUUGCAACAAAUUGUAGUCCAGCUUGCGCAGUCCUCGCUUGGAAAGAAUCAUGCGAAAAGGACAUGACAUGCGACGGAGACUCCCUUGUGCCCAUUACUUUUUUGCUAUCUCUACAAUGGAGUCCUCCAUGACUCUUAAAAUGUCUGAUAACAAACACUUUUUUUGAGCUUUCUAAAGAUUGAACCUCUACUCUGCAGUAGCUUCCAAAUUGCACUAGUGAAGGAGGUUCAUACAUUUUCUAUUUUACAACUGCAUAAAGAAUCAAGGGGUAAUAACAGACAGGGAAGAAACAUGGCUAUGACGUGGAGCACAUCUCACUGCGGUGCAUCAUGGGCUACAUUUGCAUACAUAAACUGCUGGUUAAAGCAUCACAGGCUCGUUCAGGCCAAACGUUGAGUUUGGAGUCUACUUUUUUCUGUGUUUGCUUUACUUUCAACUAACUUUAAGGUCUCAUGAACCCUUGCAAAGCAAACACCUGCGAUAUUUGUUUAGAGACUAAUACCUCAGCAGAUUGAGAUUUCUGUGGGGCAACUACUCAGCACAAAUUAGUUGCCCCAUUGACAAUUUUGGUUGUCCAGGACAAUUGGACAACCGUUAAUUUCGAACCCUGUGAAACAGGUUUUUUAAAAAGGAAGACACAGUUUAAUAAUGUCCACAGAUUUAAGUUUUACUUUAAAUUGUGUGCACUAUAAAGUGAUAUUGAAACCAAUUCACUGAAUGUCUUUCAGGAAGUUAAGAAGAAAACCAAAGAAAAAGAGAAGAAGAAGAGUAAUUUGGAACUAUUUAAAGAAGAAUUAAAAAGGUGGUUUGUCUUGUUUCUUUCUCUGAGAUUUUUUUUUGGAUAGCUCUCUGCGGAUCUUUUACAGUGUUGACACAUAAAGUAUAAUGGUAUGGAACAUUUUUAGUUUGACAUUUUAUGUUGUUAUUUUUAGACAUCAGAUGGAAAGAGAGAUAAGACACAAGAUUAAAAAGGGUGAUAUAGCUGAUAUUCCAAGAGAGGUACUUGAUAAAAUGGCACCCUCACUCCUAGUGACACCAAAAGGUAUGUUCUUCUAUUGUUGUGACUUUUUUCAGAAUUAAAAGUUCAAAAUGUCAGUUGUUAUUAUUUAUAUUAUCAUUUUUAAACCUAUAAACCCUUCUUCAUGUUUAUGUCAGACAUGCUCAUGCAUCCUUGAAAAGCAGCUUAGUUAGGCAUAAUAGAUCUUUGUUUUCUUUUUAAUAUUGUAUGCUGGACUAAUUUUUACCUUGUUUAAGACACGUUUUUUAUUUUUCUAUCUACAUGUGUAUGCCCAUUUCACCAUCAAAUGAACAAAAUUGUUCGCUUUUGCAGCUUUUGUGCUUUGGCACUCUUUUCAACUUCAUUGCACUGGGAAUUCCAAAGCAAUGCUUGAUGUUGAAAUUGAGUGCUUUGACAUAAACAUAGGAAAGGGAUAUUUAUUUUGAUUUUAUAUUUUNGAACAUUUUUAGUUUGACAUUUUAUGUUGUUAUUUUUAGACAUCAGAUGGAAAGAGAGAUAAGACACAAGAUUAAAAAGGGUGAUAUAGCUGAUAUUCCAAGAGAGGUACUUGAUAAAAUGGCACCCUCACUCCUAGUGACACCAAAAGGUAUGUUCUUCUAUUGUUGUGACUUUUUUCAGAAUUAAAAGUUCAAAAUGUCAGUUGUUAUUAUUUAUAUUAUCAUUUUUAAACCUAUAAACCCUUCUUCAUGUUUAUGUCAGACAUGCUCAUGCAUCCUUGAAAAGCAGCUUAGUUAGGCAUAAUAGAUCUUUGUUUUCUUUUUAAUAUUGUAUGCUGGACUAAUUUUUACCUUGUUUAAGACACGUUUUUUAUUUUUCUAUCUACAUGUGCAUGCCCAUUUCACCAUCAAAUGAACAAAAUUGUUCGCUUUUGCAGCUUUUGUGCUUUGGCACUCUUUUCAACUUCAUUGCACUGGGAAUUCCAAAGCAAUGCUUGAUGUUGAAAUUGAGUGCUUUGACAUAAACAUAGGAAAGGGAUAUUUAUUUUGAUUUUAUAUUUUAUCAUUAUUAGUGUAUUCUCUUCCCUCUGUGUUGAAUAGGUUUUAUUUCCCCACAGUUUAAUCUAAGUUGUUUUGGUUUUCCCUCCCUCCAGUGGUCAUUGAUAUAAUCAUUCACUUUAUCAUUGGCUUUUGCAUUUUUAACCCUUUUAACUAUGAAGUGUGAAUAUAAAUAUUAAUUAUUUGUUACCUACUUUUAUUUUUUAGAGGAAACUUUUUCAUAUGGAUCACAUGACACAGGUGAUCCUUCAACAACAAACCUGUACAUUGGAAACAUCAACCCAGCAGUAAGGAAAUACUUUUUUCAUCAGCAUUGAAAUUAUUUUUAUUACAAGCUCUUCAUUUUUGUUACUUUAUUAAGAAGAUAUGUUCCUUCUGUCAACAUGGCCCCAAAAAAGUCUUCCCUGUAACUUGUGUUAAUUGCAGUGAUAUUGCAAGGGAAACUAAAAUAAUGAUUAGUAUACUGCAGGGUGCAAAGAAAGUCAGUUUUACAGCUUGGCCAUAGUAAGUACAUACUAGCCCAAGAGUCCUUUUAACUCGCCAGAUAAAUAAUUAAUGUAUUCUUCUCACAUACAACUGGGAGCCAUGCCAAGCCGACCAUGCAACAAAAACAACAAAACAACUGAACUCUGAAAUGCCACGUGACCUGAAGACCCCCCCCUCCCCCCCACACACACACUUGAAUUCAUACUCCCAGCUGUGUGUGAGAAAAAUGUUUUCCACUUCUUUCACUCCUCAGCCAACGGAAAACCACACUUAUUAAUUAAUUAAUUUAUUACUUCAUUAGUUAAUUAUUAAUAAUUAAUAAAUUGAUAAAGGAAGUAAUUAUUACUUAUUACUAUUACUUCCUGUAUCAAUUUAUUCAGAAAAUAACUGUAGUAAUUUCUCUUUGUCAAAACAGCUUGAAAAACAGCUUUGGAUCCACCACAGAAUUUACUAGCCUGAUCGCAAAAUCCACGAGUCCCAGGCUAUCAGACAUGACUUUCUUUGCACGCUAUUACUGGUUUUACGUGUUACUGUAUGUCUAGUUUAGAGGGCCUGAAAUUCUCAGUUGCCAUUACUUCAACUAUCUGUUGUUUUUUGUUAGAUGACAGAGGAGAUGUUGAUGAGGCUUUUUGGCAAGUAUGGUCCUCUAGCGAGUGUGAAAAUCAUGUGGCCCAGAACAGAGGAAGAGAAAGCUCGUAACAGAAACUGUGGCUUUGUUGCAUACAUGAGAAGAAAGGAUGGUGAAAAAGCCUUGACUGCAUUGAAAGGUGGGAAUAUACAUGAUGUACUUAACUGUAGAGCCCAGGGUAGUAUAAGGAUGUAUUGCACAGACAAGGCUGUUCUCUAGCAGUGCCUUGUGACCCAAGGUGCCUACCUUUUGUCCAUGGGGACUAAAAGAUCUUGUUUUUUUCUCUUAGAAAUCAUAUGUUGGGCACUGUGGAUAUCACAAGCUCAGAUCACUGGGCUCCCUUCUAUGUAUUUUCUUACAUGUAGAGCACAGCCUUAACAUUACAAUAUUAUACACAGUACAGCAGUUAUCACAUCAAAUUCACCACAUAUGCAUUUACACCCAUAUGUAACAAUAAUAAUUUUAGACUUUUCUUACUGUAGCCUGCACCACAGAUGAAACUAAACUCUGGUUAAGUCCACCUGCGAAACGCCGAAAUCCUCGUUCUGGGCUCAUGCUUGUGUACCAAGAUUGGAGUACAUGCCGGAUUGGCCUGUUAAAAAGGCCAUUGUCAAUUUACCAAUCAGGGUAAAACAAAAUUCAUAUGCACUUCAGCUGUUCAUUGCAUCUGUUGGGGGUCGAGAACAAGGAUAUCAGUGCUGCUUUGCAGAUGUUACUUACUGAGGUUGAAUUAUGUCUGCAAUGCAGGCUAUUCUUAAUGUGACCAUUUUAUCAUUGAAUUACUUGUUAGUCUUUAUCUUUAAAGGCAACAUGUACCAGCUGAAAUAAACUGGUAUUUCAAAUGUAAUUACUGAAACAAUUCUCAGUAAGACCUUUUUCUAUUUUUCUUUGUUGUUGUUUUUGUUUAAAGGCAAAGAAGUCAUGUCUUAUGAGAUGAAGCUUGGAUGGGGUAAAAGUGUCCCCAUACCACCGCAUCCUAUCUAUAUCCCCCCUGAAAUGCAAGAAGACACCACACCACCUCCCCCGUCAGGCUUGCCAUUCAAUGCUCAACCAGAUAAAAAGAAAGACAACUAUUCCAGUGCCCCUCCCCCACAGGGAGGGGGUGAAGAACAGACACGUGAUCUUGAUACCAAUGGAUUCAACAAGGAGGUGAGAUAUGGAAGAUUGAUGCCCACAAUAUUUAGACCCAUAGUUUAAUUUUUGCAGUUUCAUUCCUCUCUAAUUCUACAGUAAAUUUUAAGAGUUGUGUGGGGUAGUGUUUACAUUUAAAAUAGUAUGUGAAUAGUAGGGUAGUAUGUUCAAUUUAAAAUACAGUGAGAUUUGUUUGUUUCAAAUUGUUUUUGUAUCAUUGUUUUGUUGUAAAGUGAGAUCUUCCUGAUAGAUUUGUCUCAUAUGAAGCUCUAAAUGUUAUUUAUGUGUACAUGUAUGUUUUUUAAGACUCUUUUUGCUCUCAGUCAUUAACAAAAAUUAAUUUAAAAAAUUAAUAAUUAGAUAUGUCGGCUUUGGUCUAAAGAUUUUUUGAGAUUUGACCUCUUGAUUCAAAAGUGUAGUUUUUUUUCUAUUGGUGUGGUGUUGGUCUAAUAAGGGCAACAUUCAUGCAGCAAGUAAAAGUGACCUAAACAGCUAUCCAAGACAUCUCAUAAGGAUCAAAGAAAAUUUAAGGAUAACUAAUUUACUUAAAAUGAUGUAGUUCAUUGUGGUAAGCAGUAAACAUUUUCACUCUGUCUUCCAACACCAUGACACAAUCCAGCAUAAUGCAGUGUAAUACUGUACUUUUAGGUGUAAUGGUAAUUACGUCUUAUAAGUUAUUUUUCUUAAUACUCAUGAAGUCUUUGGCAAUUGCCUCUUAGACGUUAGCCAAUGCGGUCGUGAAAGUUGUAAUCCCGACGGAAAGGUACCUUUUUAAUGCAAACUGACUGUACGUUGUUGUUAUAUUCCCUUGUGGAAUACAUUGGCUGGUAUGUUUUCAAAAAGAUGUCUUUAUGCUCAACUUCAACAUUAUUUACAACUGAUAAUAGUAUCUCCUCAAAUUUAUGUGUAUUCACAUUUUUACCUUUUUCUUUUAAACGUUAUUUGUUCUUCGCAGUGUAGUUUUAUUUCUGUUUAGAAGGGUGGAAGUAAUGUAGAUCUUUUGGAGUAUUCUUGACAAUAAUCCCUUGUUGCAGUUUCGAUAGCAUUAAUUACGUUAACCAGUGUAGUGUUACCGCUCUCAAGCUCAUGUUCUAUUUAUGAAAUUCAAUAUGAAGUACUGUAUUUGGUUUUUUGGCUUGGACGAAGUUGUCAACAUUAAUUUGAGUUAGUUUCAAAUUAAUGUGAGAAACUACUUCUCACCUUUAAAGUGUAACUUCCAGGUACAUGUACUUAGAACUAAGUUAACAUUGUGCUUUACGACAAAACUCAGUUUGCAUGGUACUGAAAAUCUGUUCUAAGCCUGAGCAGUCUACUAAGCCUGAUUAAUGAGUUUUUAACUCUUCUAUGGUGAGUUUCAUGAUAGCUAACUUUGCCUAUUAUUUGUUGUCGUGGUAACCAUGUAAUUCCUACAGGAAUCUUCUGUGUCUUGUUCAUCGCAUGGUGGAGUUUGUGGUGCGUGAAGGACCCAUGUUUGAGGCUAUGAUCAUGAACAAGGAAUUAAACAACCCUAUGUACAGGUGGGUACACUUCUCUAACUUUAAAUGCCUGCAACAAAAACAAAUGGCAGUUUGAGUGAGAAAAUAAUUAUUGUCUACAGCUUAGAAAAGUUUUUGAGGGAAUUUAAGAUAUCAAGACAGUGACAGUGACAAAAAUAUCACUCAAAACAGUCAAUACAUAUUCUUUUAAACUUCAUUGCGAUUAUCCCAGCUCGCUCACUUUUUCACUUUUUACUGUAGUUGGUUCCUAAGGACACACUUCAAGCGCAGAGAGAAAGAAGAAAAAUUUGUUGUCAUUUGUUUACAUCCCCCUCAAAUUCUGAAAUUAGGCAGUUACACAUUGUAGUCAAGCAGUGAUGACAAAGAAGUGUACCAAAAAGUGUGAUUCAUGUGCAGAUUUGUUGCUUUCUUGUUGCCGAUGCCAGCAUGACAUCUUAACCUCCCUGUUGUUAAGUCUGUGUGGUACUAUUUGUGGAUUGAGUCUACAGCUGUAGAAGUAAAGAUGUGUAAGUAACAUUAUUAUUCUAGUAACUAAAUAAACUUUAUUUGGUCUGAUAAAUCAACAGGUUCUUGUUUGACAACCAGAGUCCAGAACACAUUUAUUACAGGUGGAAGCUGUUUUCUAUUCUCCAGGUUUGUUUUUCAGCUUAUGGCUCUUUCUUUUGUGUUUUCACCACUUGUAUAUUGGUUAAAAUUAAGAACAGCUGAUUCAGUAAUAAUAAAUUGUAUUUCUUAUCUAAAGGGCGAUUCCCCGACAAAAUGGCGAACAGAGAAAUUCAAGAUGUUUGAAGGCGGUUCAGUGUGGAAACCUCCCCAGUGUCAUCAGUACACUAUGAGUGCCGCAGCUUUUAAUGCCAAUAAACAACCAGUACCUCAAGUAGAAACCCCAGUACCACCCCCACAGGCUGCUGCACCACCACCUACACAGAGCCUCAGUAGCAGUUACAGCAGCGGUUCUCGGUCAACAUCAGCAGCCACAAGCAGUAGAAAGAAUACGUUAUCCAAUAGGUAAGAAAUGUCAGAUUUCAGAAUUAAUUCCCUUUUAGGUUUUUCAAUAUUUUUACAUGUUUAAGGGGUGUAUUCUUUUACCUUGGAAAUAUUGAUGAAUUCUUCAGAAUGUCUCUUAGAAAUUAAAUGACCUCAGUUUAAAAUGUAUAUCGUUUUACAUAUCUGUAUUAUGUUUUCUUAUUAAUAUUUAUCAUUGUAGACAACGUGACAACCUGGAGGACAUGUUGCGGGAUUUGACUCCAGAGAGAAUUAAGAUUGCCAAGUGCAUGGUGUUCUGUGUCAAAAAUGCUGACUGUGCUGAGGAGGUAUGUACUCGAUCAAUCUCCAUAGCAUCCAUUUGAAUGGUCAUCGUGGAAGAUUUUAUCCACUGACUGAAAGUGAAAUUUUUAAAAGCCAAACUUUUGUACUUAUCAUGAUUUAAUAAUACGUAUAAAGGGUUCACAGCAUUCAAAUUUUUCACCUUUGAGCUCAGUGCAACUGUAUGUAAUUUAGCUAAAAUAAAGCAUUUUUGUUUUCUGUUGUAGUUCUCAUUAUUUUAUUGUACAUAUUAAUUUGUUACCAUUGUCUUUGUUAUAAAUAAAUUAUGCUUAAUAUUACAGGUUGUUGAAUGCAUAGCAGAGUCAUUGUCAAUUCUGGAAACACCCUUGCAAGUCAAGGUGAGUUUCAACAGUACAGUUUCAACUCCCGUGGCAGUACAUUGAUGUGGCUUGACACAUUUGAGUUUUGUGUGAAAAUCCCACAAGUUCAGUUUUUAAAUCUGUCAGUUACAAUGUAGUUUGCACGUGGUGAUUGGUCAAUUUUGCGUGCUGUAUUCUGCUGUGCAGCCCACUAAAUUUGAAAGGUUCCUUUCCUGUGUGCCCAGAUAAGGUCAGGGUGUUUUAAAUUUUGUACUCAGUGGGCUUGCUUAAGUUCAAGACUUUGUUAAUGUUGUUGUUUUUCAUGUACUGUCAUGUAGGUUGCACGUUUGUACUUGGUAUCAGACAUUCUUCACAACUGUUCUGUUAAAGUACCCAAUGUGUCAUACUACAGGAAGGGGUAGGCAUUUUCUUUGUUGCCUUUUGUUUUUGUUGCUGUUGCAUGGUCAUAAAGUGUUAUCAGUUUGUUACUGGCUCCCCAGGUCUACCAUUAGCCAUUGUUGAAAUGUGAACUCUUAGAAAAAAGUUAAUAGCUUGAAUAAGUGAAUUUCGUUGCUACCUUUAUGUUAUAAAGAUUAAUCUUUUUAAAGCUGAUCUUUCAUCUAUUUUUUGGCAGAUUUCAGAGUUUUCUUCCUGAGAUAUUUGGUAACUUAAGCGCAUCAUUCAAGGCCAUUAAUGCUCGCAUGAAAGCAGAGAACUUUAGAGUAAGUCCUUGUUUUAAAACUGAGAUAAAUAGUUAUUACUAAAAAUAAUAUAAUGCUUUUCUUACUGGGUGACAAAGAUGUUUACACUUCCUGUUUAUUUAUGAUUGUAUGUUUUGCAGAAACAAGUUCUUCGCUGUCUUGCAGCCUGGAUGGACUGGGCUGUAUACACUCCAGAUUUCUUGUUUAAUCUUGAAAAUAUCUUUCUUGGCCAUACUGAAAAAAGCAGCCAAUCAGAGGUAAGAAUGUUAUCACUUAACCAUCUAGACCAAGUAUUUUGGAAGAUUGAUUAUUCUCAAAAGACAACAAGCAAAUAAUCUAUAACAUGAUUUGUUUGCAUUUAUUUCUUUAUCUUGUAGUGCAAAUAUGUGUAAUCCAUAUUAUUUUUUUAUGCGUUAUUUCGUCCUCAUAUUUCCCUGUAUAUGACGAACCAAUAUUAUUUAAUGUCCAGCUCCCAGUUGGUUAGAGCUGACCGCUGCAGUGGUAUUGCAGAGGUCAGGGAUCGAAUCCCAGGAAACCUGAAAAUUUUCAGGCUUUCUUUUGGCAACUGCAUAAGUUGUGACGGUACUUAAGUGUGAUGAUUUCAGCAUUUAUUUAAUGUUUUGUGUGUUUGGUUUCAUUCUAUUUAGGCAUCAGAUCAACCUCUUAAACCUGUUUAUCCACUUGAUGAAAGCUUAGGGCGAAACAAAGUGGAUAUAGAUGGAGUACCUUUAGAUGUUGAUGGAGUACCAUUAAAAGUGCCAGAUUUUGAUGGUGUGCCUAUAAAAUCAAUGGAUGUGGAUGGGGUCCCCUUAAAAGCUGCUGAUAUUGAUGGUGUGCCACUCUCUGGCAGCAGUAAUAUUGAUGGAGUGCCAAGUGAGUAGUGACCGAGGAGUGGUCUGGACUUUAUUGCUGUAAAGUGCAUUAUCAUUUGGCUCAUGGUAGAGGUACUUGGGAUGUAAAUUGCAAAGAGUCUACUGCUUUAAGUGCACAUUGCUUGAGCGGUUUAGUAGCUGAAGAGUUCGAUUUUCAUCCCAAAAGCCCUCUCUCUACAGAUAACAUCUUCUGUGCCAAGAAAAAACGCACCAAGGCUGGAGAAAAUGUUAAAAAUAAGCACAUGGUGAAUGAUUGGAACGGGAUAGAGGGACCAUUUUUCAUAGUCUUUUGCACUGACUGUUGAAAUUUGUUUUGAAAUUCUGUUGUGUCACAACAGGAGUCAGUGAGAAGAGCCAGGAGUUUCCAAAUCAGAAAUUGAAUCUCAGUCUUAAGCUUUUGAUAAAUAACUGUUUUACAGGUCAAAAAUGUUUUCAAGACUUGUGACAAGCACAUUGCGGAUCAAUGUCCAUCGUUCAGUGUAAUUGUUCCUAUAAAAUAAAUCCUUAGUGAUAAUGAGAACUUCAUUAUAUAUUUUCUUUCAUUGAGUCCAUGAUUCUGGUUUCCUUUUUACAGUGGACAGUAAAAAGACUUCAGAGAAGUCACGUGACAAAGGUAUGAAAGAAUUUUACUUGCAGCAGAAUUUGUGAUGGUUGACAACUUGAUUUUCAUUGAUUUGAGUUGCAUUUCAAAACGACAGUUAAGUUUAUAGUUGCCUAAAUUAUUGUACUUUAACUCAGGUGAAUUUAACUCCUCGCAAGCUACAAUCAGUGACAAAAGUAGUUGACACCCUUGUCCCUCCAUUAUUAAAUUCUGUUUAAACUCUGUAAAUUCCCCACCCCCGAAUUAUUGAUCUUUGUAGUUAAUUAGAAUAGAACAUUGGUUUGGGGGAAGGGGUGCGGAUACACAGGGAGAGGGGAUAGAUAUGUCCAUGUUAUAGAAGUGUCUGACCGAGUAAACUACAUUGCGGGACAACAGUGUAGACGAGAAAUUUUGGGCAAUUUAUGGGCAAGAUUUUCCUGAAGUAUUAGCUGACUGCGCAUGAAGAUUUCCAAUAUUGUAAUUUGUUUUUGUGAUCAGAUGUUCCUCAUUUUGCCUCGAAAUGGGAUCGACCCGAGUGGGAAAGAGUUGAGGAUCCAGCACCAAAGUAAGUCAAUGUUGCACCUCAUUCAUUCCUUGCUAAGGUAACUGAAAACAUUCGGAAGUGUGACAAUCUAGGUUACCUUUUAUCAGUGUUAGGCCUUUAAUCAAUUGUUGGUGAGCUUCUUUUGCGCUGAUGCAACUGUUCGAAAUUCGUAAUUUAGUAGUUCAGGUUAGCUCGCAAUGUAACUUUAAUGGUGACAGGUUGACCAGAUUCUGGCAGGUUUACUUCAUGAGAAUGAAUUUUUUGGACCAACACGCGGACAUCUCUCACGGCGGGACGACGGGACAUGCUGGGAACUCCGGUUUUCCAUUUCUCAAAAUCAACUCUUCCAAAUUCCAAUUAGAUUUAGAAACAAUUUUUGGACUUACUACCACUAAAUCGUCUUUAAUUUAUAUAUUUAUUUUUCUUGUGUCCAAGCCAAAGCGACAGGUUUGUUAUCCAGCUAGAUAUUAUAAUAUAUUAUUUUCAUUUUUCUUUUUUUUUCCCUUUUCCUUUGUUUAGACCUUCUGUAAAAGAAGAUUCACCCAAAAGACCCGAAGAGACACAUGCUUCUUCUGUAGAGACUCCGCGAGUUAUGGAAAUGGAUGAGAGCAGACGGAAAAAGCUUCGAGAAGUCGAACUCAAAGUUGCAGAAUACGCUCAGAAAUUAGAAGCUAAAGGAGCAAGUGACAUUGCCCUACAAUGUGAUAUAUAUAGGGCGAAAUUAAUGGAGGUUAGUUGAGCUCUAUCAACACAAACAGGUGCUUUGUGACCAAGGUGUUGGUGUGAGUUGAUGCCUCGUGUAAAUCGACCGUGGGAGGGAGGGACCGUGGAAUGCCUUGCAAUUCCAGACAAAUCUUGAGCUUGGAAGUUACUACUGCGUGGUUUUCGAGCGGAGAGGAAGAAGCAAUAUUGGUGGGUGCUUCACGCUACAUCUCUACAUCUCCAUAAUAUCCCGGGCGAUUAAGUGCUUUUUCCCAAUGUUCUUUGGCCUUGAGAAAUCGGGUUAAGCUCCCGCUCGUGUGUGCGGGCUUCCAUGGCUCAUGUGCGCCUACCUGCUCAUGCUGCCGUUUCUAAUACUGUGUAACUGCGAAUAUCGGACGCUUGAUUACCGUAUUUAUUCGAUUAACCGCCCUGGGCGCUUAUUAAAUUUUUGGACCUUGAGAGUGGGCGCUUAUUCAAGGCUGGGCGCUUAUUAAAUUUUCACCAUUUUCAGAAAGUGAAGCAUGUUUAUUUUGCAACAAAACAAUAAAUGCUAAUGACAAAACGCGAAGGAGUAACAAAGCAAGGUUUCUGUAAAAUACUCUGAAGAAAACUCCGUCCUCUGGGAAGUCUCUUAUUAGAAUUUAUUCACUCAAGUGGGUGGGGUGGGGGUGAACGCUUAUUUGAAAUUGAUUGAGAAGGGGAGGGGGUGGGCGCUUAUUAACUUUUUCUACCUUUAGGAUGGGCGCUUAUUCGAGAUGGGCGCUAAUUCGAGGUUAGGCGCUUAUUCGAAUAAAUACGGUAUUUGGUAACUUUUUUUGUUAGUUAAUAAGUUUUAGAUGUAGUAUAAGUAUAUGUGAUCAGUAAACAUUUCCUUGACGUAUCCCUUGUUUCUAUCAUCCUCAAGACUGUUACACCAAAAGAAGGAAGAGAAAAGAAGAAGAAAAGUAGUAGCCACACUUCCUCACCCACGGAUUCCAAGCGGAAGAAGUCACGCAGCCGUUCCAAAUCACCUUCAUCCAAAAAACGUAGUCGCCGUUCUCGGUCGGACAGCCGCUCGAAUUCACGGUCGCCCUCACGGAGUAGAUCAAGGUCGCCAUUGGCGACGUCACUUACGGUAUUCUGGCUUAAAAUUGUUUCUUUUGUCUUCUUGUGCGUUUGAAAACUUGUUAGCCUAACAGUUUUUUAAAGUAUAUUUUUGUUGUUUGUAACGCUUGAUAUACUACUUGGGAGACAUCUUUUUUUUUGCACGAAGCUGUAAGGAUACAUAAUUGGCUUUAUUCACAAAAUAAAGUAGACAAACGCGACACAACCCCAUCAAUUUGAUUAAAAUUUAUUAGUUACAUUCUGUUUCUUUCCACAGUCCCUUAAGCAUUACGAUUCACGUACACCUUCACCUUCGAGUUCAAGACGAUCACGAUCCCGAAGUCGAAGCUCAUCCCGUGGGCGUGGAAGAUCCCGAUCCCGAAGCAGGUCGCCAGGUACCAAACAGAGACGGAAACGAUCUAGGUCACGGAGUGGGACGCCCGUGAAGAAAAGUUCGUCCCGAAAAAAACGGUCAAGAUCCCGAUCAAAAUCACCUUCGAAGAAAAAGAGCAAAAAGAAGAAAAAGUGAAGCAAUGAAAACAAAAGAGUUAUUAUAUGAGACAUCAUUUGCAGUGGCUUAUGUUAUGCCUUGUUUGAUGUCCAACACCUGAGCUGAUUGGUUGACAUUAAGUCAAGGAAGAACUAUCGUGUGCAAUGAAGUGCUUCUUUUGUAUUUUCACGCAAUCCUCACAGUGACAAACUCUUGAGAUUUUUUGUAUAGGAAACUACAUAGGAGAAGACAGGAAACCGGAGGGAGAACUUUCAGUGAGAUAUUGUAAUUCUUUACUGUGCAACACCCCGAAUAAGCUCAAAUUUUAGUGACUCUGGUUGGUGUUCACUUCUCUCUAAUUACUGUACCAAAGAUUUUUAGCUUCCUCCCUCCUUUUUAGAGUCAUUAUAAGCUAGUAAUAAUGAAAAUAUACUGAAUAAAAAUGUCAUUGUGGGAGGACGUUAAGGAGAGAGAACUGACUUUUAGAACAAUAGACCUUUUUAGCUUGUGUGUUUUGUUUUCCCGUUUCAGACCACGUGAUGAUACUCUAGAGAAUUGUUUCUUGCACAUGUCGUGUUAUGCAGGUGCAUACUAAUUACUUGUGCAUAAUUUAUGAAAAGACAAAAGGCAAUUUCCUGGAUAAGUGCAGUGUUGCACUUUAGGGCCUGUUUACAUAGAGGUGGGGGGACCCCAGGUAGGUGAGGUAACCCGCCUGUCCAUUUAACAAAUCGCAUCAAUUUUCCAUGGUCUGCACUCUUGUAGACCAUAGCAAUGACAUCAUAAAAUGUACUCAAGAGAUAAGAGUGUGGACCAUAGAAAAUUGUGGUCGAUUUGUUUUUUACAAUAACAUUUGUUGUUGUUGUUGUUGUUUUUUUUUUACGAGAAACCAAAAACAAAAUAACCAGCACUGCGUGACAUGUUACGUCAUUUCCAUGGUUUAUACUCUUAUAGACCAUAGCUAUGGACCAAUCAGCGCGCGAAGAUUCGCUCAGUUACUGUAAAAAUUAUCUCUCUGGGUGAGGUGACC